AUGUCCGAAACCCCUGGGGGGGACCCCCUUCUCAGCGAACUCUGCACAAUUUGCCACAUCAACGCCCCAAAAUACCGCUGUCCCCGAUGCUCAACCAGAACAUGCUCUCUUCCCUGCUCCCGUCGCCACAAGACAUGGUCCCAAUGCUCCGGUGUCCGCGAUCCAGCCGCAUACCUCCGCCGCAACGAGCUCGCGACUCCCUCCGCAUUCGAUCGCGAUUUCAACUUCAUCACAGGGAUUGAGCGGAGUAUAGAACGCGCGGAUAGAGAUGCAGAAAAUCGUGGAGUUGCUAUCGACCAUCAAGCAGAGGGUGGAGAGGUGCAGGGAGAUGGGAGUCGGAAGAGGAAAAGGCCGAACGAGAUAUUAGUUAAGGGAGAAGCUGGGUUUUUGCGCGGGGCGCAAAGUAGCGAGGUCAAUGUUAUUAGGGCCCCCAAGGGGAUGACGAGGAAUAAAUUGAAUACCUCCAGGUGGCAUCCGAAACACAAAUGCUUAAUCUGGACGAUGGAAUGGAUUGCGCCUGAUGGGGAAAAGAAGAUCCGGACAUGUUUGGAGUCAUGCCGUGUUGUGGAAGCUUACAAUAGGUUCUAUCCUCUCCCAAAAGAAGAGCGCAACAAGGACCAAGUUCAGGAUCAAGGUCAGCCACCGGAGCAGGCGCAAGAGGAGCAAAAGCAGGACAACCAGCAAUCGCAAACCGAAUCAGAGCCACAGCCAACAACAGAGACGAAUUUCCAACCCGCCGAACAGGAGCAGCCAGUCCAACCAAAGCAAGACGAAACUCAACCAGAACCAAACGAGACACAUCCUAGACCCUCGGAUCCCUCCCCAUCAGAGUCGCAAGAAAAUGAAAUAAUCCCUCAUCGCGACGUUUACUUCUACCUUCACCGUCCACGAACUGCCACCAAGCAACCCGUCCUGAUCCCCCUACCUCCAGCCGCAACCUUUAUCUCUGCUUUGCGCAAACGGACAGUCCUCGAAUUCCCCACCGUCUACGUGCUACCAGAUUCACCAGACGCAUUGCGUUCAACAAACAAGGAGAAUGCAUCGUUCCGUUUGGAAGAAGAGUACAUACAAACUGAAAAACCGGGGGAGGACGGAGAAAUUGGUGGUAUGGACGGAGAGGGCACACCAGGGAUCGACAACUCAGUGUCCUCGGUUGAUCUGGGACAGGUGGAUGAAAAGAAAGUCCUCGAGGUCCUGAAGCAGGACCUCUUCGAACCUGAUCAGGCUGCAGAACCAUAAGUUACCGCGCUCUCUAAAUUUUAUAGAAAUGGCCUCAAGAUGUGCGAAUUUAGUUUAUGGUAGCCCUAAUCUCUUCCUAGAACCUGGUCAACAAUGACUAGAAUCCAAUUGGUCCAUGC